UUUUCAGGAGGGUACAUGAUGACUACUCCACAGCAUCAACAACAAGCUCAAGUAGUCCCCACACAGAUAACACCGAAUAACACCACAAAAAGAGCAAGGACAGCUUAUACGAACAACCAGCUGGUGGAACUGGAAAAGGAGUUUUUCACCAGCAAAUAUUUAUGUAGGCCCAGACGCAUGAAUUUAGUUAGAGCUCUUAAUCUGACCGAACGACAAAUUAAGAUUUGGUUCCAAAACAGGCGUAUGAAGUACAAGAAGGACCUGGAGAACCAGAGUUUUUCGGGAGUUCAGAUAUUAGAAUUAGAGAGGCAAUUUCAUCGAAAUACAUAUUUAUAUAGGUCAAGAUGCAAACGUAUAGCUUCAAAUCUACACCUGUCUGAACACCAAGUCAGGGUAUGGUUUGAAAACAAGCAUAGGUGGUACAUGAAGAAGCAGGAGUACAAGAGUGCCCCUUUUUCAUCACUUGAUUCUACAAAUCGUACAGAACGACCAGAGACAUUAUUGUCGAGAGUUCAGAUAUUAGAAUUAGAGAGGCAAUUUCAUCGAAAUAAAUAUUUAGAUAGGUCAAGGUCAAGAUGCAAACGUAUAGCUUCAAUUCUACACCUGUCUGAACGCCAAGUCAGGGUAUGGUUUGAAAACAAGCAUAGGUGGUACAUGAAGAAGCAGGAGUACAAGAGUGCCCCUUUUUCAUCACUUGAUUCUACAAAUCGUACAGAACGACCAGAGACAUUAUUGUCGAGAGUUCAGAUAUUAGAAUUAGAGAGGCAAUUUCAUCGAAAUAAAUAUUUAGAUAGGUCAAGGUCAAGAUGCAAACGUAUAGCUUCAAUUCUACACCUGUCUGAACACCAAGUCAGGGUAUGGUUUGAAAACAAGCAUAGGUGGUACAUGAAGAAGCAGGAGUACAAGAGUGCCCCUUUUUCAUCACUUGAUUCUACAAAUCGUACAGAACGACCAGAGACAUUAUUGUCGAGAGUUCAGAUAUUAGAAUUAGAGAGGCAAUUUCAUCGAAAUAAAUAUUUAGAUAGGUCAAGGUCAAGAUGCAAACGUAUAGCUUCAAUUCUACACCUGUCUGAACGCCAAGUCAGGGUAUGGUUUGAAAACAAGCGUGAGUACAUGAAGAAGCAGGAGAACAAGAGUACUUCCCCUUCUUCUAGGCAUACCAAUUUACCGCAUGCGCAACUAGAUCUAAUGAGGACCAGAUACAGUGAGACUAUGAAGAAACCAUCAUAUUCUACAGAUUUUGCACCAGUCAGUCAACAAUUACAUGCUCCUUAUUCGUCAUGGCCGAAUGCUUAUAUUGACAGAAGAUAUGACAAUUGGACUCCAGAUUAUUACCCUAGAGUUCCUGGGGUUUUCUCAAUGGGAGUUCCUCCACAUAACCCUGAAAUUAGCUUUCUCAGAGGGGACAUUCUUAACAAUUUACACCAUUUUACUAAUAGUCCGAACAAAUCUAUGGUUCAUGAUAUUUUCUCUCGAUACCAAAUUCUGGACCGUAUACCAUUACCAAGUUAUAAUUCAACUUUUGAUCUGCAUCGACUGAAUAAUCAGAAUUCAUGAUAGUUUUUCUACUCCAAGAGUAUUUUUUAUGUACGGCGUAUAUAUAUUACAGAGACUAAACAUCUUAAUUCAAACAUCAUUAUUGUGCAUCAAAUAUUGAUUUCAGCUUUAGCAUGAUAUCCAGUACAUGCUGACAUUCAAUAAUGUUGAUAUGUCAUUUUUUUAUACAUAUUACACUAUUUUCGUCCUGAAUUAUCAUUGAUCCAUGAAAUUGAUAGGAAAAACCUGUGAAUUAUUGAAAAUACGUUGAACACUUGUUUUAUUUCUAGUAAUGGUCCAAAAUUGUUACUUCAGGGAUGCUAUCAAGAUAUUGUUAGUAAAUUUUAGUUGUAUUCUCGUAUAUGUUGUCCCAUGGGUGAACAGAACAACAAUGAAUGUAAAUAAUAAUAUAUUUUUUGAAUUUUUGUAUUGUACAAUAUUUAUUGCUGUGAAGGAAUUUUGAAAAGAAAAAAAACAGAAUUGUGAGAAAACGUUUCAGUUAAUAAAAUAACAUAUGUGGAGGUAAUUGAAUUUUCAAAAACCGUUAUACACAUACUACAAGGUCCUGUCAAUUCUUAAAUAUGAAAUUUACAGUCAUAGUGUAGUUUUAACAUAUUUAUGAAAAAAAUGUAAUAGUUGAAGAAAUAUAAAAUUUAAUACAA